GCUAAGGAAACUGAACUAAAAAAACUAUAACUUUACAAAAAGAAACUAAAAAAAUGUUAGUAGACGAUAAUAUUUAAUAUUUUAUUCAAAAGAAUUGCUACGCACACACUAGAGAGUAGAGACACUAACAGUAGCAUCUCCGCAUCGUCCAACUGUUUCAUUUAGUAUUUAGAAUCUGAAAUACCAAAUAGAAUUCGAAAAAUACAACAGAAUGUUUCGGUGGGGGAAAAAUACAGCUUCCAUGGCGACAAAUAAAUAAAAAAAUACGUUUGAUACACUUUUACUAUUAUUUUAAAGGUCAUUAGGAUUUCAACCUCAAGAGAAAAGUUACAGCUGCUUAGAACAUGGGACCAAAUAAAAAAUAUUCUUACAAAACCCAUAUUUAAUGUUUUUUUUUUAAAGCCAAUAGUAUAUCCAAACAAACUUUAAAUUCCCUAUCAUGACUUAUUCUGUUAGUCGUGUAGCCGACUUUUUUCUGCGUGAUGUUGCUUGUCUUUUCUCACAGUCUUUUUGGGAAUGAAUCUGGUAUAAAAUCGGCAAGCCCCGCGGAAUGAGACAUCAUAAGAUUGCUAUCACCACGUUUAUGUUGUUUUAUCCUUUAUCUUCAAAUUCGAUUAUCCGGAAUGGACUGAGCGGAGCAUACUUUCGAGUGUCCGCUCAUCAUUUCCCUCCUUAUCAACUUUUGAUUUAUGAAGCUAAUGGAACCUUUCGUUAUGUUGGAAGCACUCCCAAUAUAAUCUACUGGAUGGCAGAAAAAUUUAAUUUUACGUAUGAUUUAUUCCCGGUAAACAACACCGAGAUUGCUAAAUUGGGAUCCGUUCUAGCAGGUCUAAAUCAAAUCAUCAAUAAAGAAGUCGAUAUUUCCACUCUCUGCUUUCUUCCCACAUUGGAAAGGUUAACUAUAUCGGACCAGUAUCGGUAG